AAAUCAGUUGGUACGUAUCGGUACAAUCAAUAGGUAGCUGCAACUUCAUUUGGAGCAACUAUAUAUGUGUAAACAACUUUUAAUUUAAAAAUUUUAUUUUUUUUUAAAUGCAAGAAAAUUUUGAAGAUGAUGUACAUUUUGUGUGGGAUGAUUUUCGCAAAGAAUUGGCAAUAUUUGGAGCUCAUGAACAGGAGGAUCAAAAAAUAAAAUACCGGAGACAGAGAAAGAAAAUAAUAGAUAAAUCAAAAAUUUAUUGUCCUCAUGCGUAUUUAAUUUUAAGUUUCUCAGAUAUUUUGAAUUCUAAUCAAAAAUUAAGAUACCGCAGGCAUUAUCUUCGUAAAGUAAGUCCUAAUGAACCAGACGUUAUAAUUCUCCAAGACAUAAAAAAUCUUGUUUUGUACUUAUUGACAACUCCGGUGAGUCUUCAGUUUAUAAAUUUUUUUCACCUUCGUAUCGUCGAUCGUCUACUACGAGCACUUAUAAUUUACUUCCAAUCGUACACUCAAAUAUGGGAAGAGGAAAUAAUAAAAAAGCGAACUGCAGUGACUAAAAAAGCACGCAAUCAAUUGGCCAGAGGUAGCAGACUGAAAAAAGCUGAAGAAAUGAGUGCUCUAAGAAGUAUUGUAGCUCGAGAGUACUGCGAAUUGUUGGUUGGAUGUGAAGAAAGUGCCAAGUAUCACCAUAUGCUGGGUGGUUCGUCCAUUGAGUCUCAUGGAGAAAAAGAUCUAAGAAUUUUUGAAGCGUUUAUCCAGGUAGCUUAUCGUGUAGUUUGGAUUGCGUUGCAGAGAAAAUAUUACAAUUUGAUUGAAGUUGAACUCCACAGACUACUGAGAACUGAUGCUUACAAUAUAGCUGAUCGUAAAACUGGAUAUGAAACCAAUAAAGGGAUGGAUGAAGAAGAAAAAUUUAUUCUCCAUGGAUCUACAAUUUUACCACGUAGAAAAUUAUUGAUCAAUUCACCAUUGUCUUAUCAAUUACUUAAUGAAUCUAAUGACUAUAGACUAGUUUCUCUGGGACUGAUUAAUUCAGAAUCAAAAGAUCCAAGAAUAAACUAUUUGAAGAAUGCACUACUUGCUGAUGAAGAAAAUUUACAGAAAUUAAAAAUUAAAGUUGGAAUUUUAGGACAUCCGCGCGCUAACUAUGACAUUACUUUGAUUCCAAUCGACGGUGAAAAUGAAUUGGAUAGAGAGGAUUUAUGGGAACGACGCAGAAGCUCAUUGUCUGAUAAACGAAGAAAAAGUCUAAGUCUAGAGCAAAAACCAUUGGAACUUCCAGACUUUGGAGAUGAUUUAGAACUUUCAGAUGUUUACGACUUAUCAAAAGUACAAGUGGUUGAAGGAAAGUACGAUAAAUAUCGAGAGGAAGCGAGGAAAAAAUGGAUAAAACGGGAAUUGAAUCGUCAGUCUUACUCGUCAUACUCAGACGCAAUCUCUAUUAUUACUACUACUGAUUAAACGUUUAUCAUCGUUAUUAUUUUUUCUUACAAAAUGUGUGGGAUAUAUUAACAUUAUGAAGUAGCUAAAAAAAAACAUUAUACAAUUUACAUGAGGAGAUCUUAUACAUGAACUGGCUAUUAGGUGAGAUAAAUACAAAGAGAGCACUAGAAGGCAAUGUAAAAAAUAUGCUUAGUAUAAUUAUUACUGCCUAAUUAAUUAAUUAAUCAAAUAAUAAUAAUUAAUUAAUCAAAUAAUAAUAAUAGAUUGAUAAUUAUAAUAAUAAUGACAAUAUUUUACAAGAGCUUACACAAAUUGGACAUUUACAAAACAGCAAUGUUAAACGCCCAAAUUACUAAUUAUUUAGAACUUCGCAAAACUCCUAGACGAGUUUAUUGUUUAUUGAACUUUUUUUUUUUUUUUUUUU